UCACUGCGAUGCAAUCGUAGCAAGCUCAGUCACUGUCAAACAAUCGUCCAUCGUUCGUCGUCGUCAAGAUGGGAGCAAGCACUAAGACUGGAAAAUUUGCCGUCGGAUUUACGGCGGCUGCGUUCCUGUUUAUUCUGAUAUCAUUCUGCUCGCCGUACUGGCUGACAACCGAUGGGAAACUGGUCAACCCCAAGUUUACCAAUUUGGGACUAUGGGAGCUGUGUCUGAACGAUUUCCAGGAUAUCCACAGGUUCUACGACACGCGUUUCACCGGGUGCAUGUGGAUAUUCGAAGAGGAAUAUUACAUAUUGCAUGACUAUAUUCUGCCUGGAUUCUUCAUUGCGGUGCAGUUCUUUUUCACGCUCUGCUUCACACUGCUCCUGAUGGGAUGUGUAAUGACGCUGGUCUUUCUGGGUUGCUCGAAGGAUAAUGAUCGCUAUAUUAUGUUGCUGUUGACAAACGGAACCACGAUGGUGGUAGGAGCGAUCUGCGGAUUCAUUGCCGUGCUGACGUUUGGGUGCAAUGGAGACGGUCGAGACUGGAUGCCCAACUGGGAGCAUAACGGUAUGGGCUGGGCGUUCGCUCUGGGAGUUGUUGGAGUAUUUUUCCUGUUUCCAGCUGGAAUUCUAUUCAUUGUGGAAGCAAGGCGAGCUACCUAUCGUCGGCUGAACAAUAUAGCCAAUUCGGAAAUGGCUGCCUAUACAAUGGACGAUCGCAAGUACCGUGGAGGACACACGGAUAUCUAAAGGUUUUAGAUAGGUAGCUUAUCGCUUUGCCAAGACAGUUUUAUACAAAGUAGUCGUAAGAAGCAAUCUCUUAGAACCAAGUAACGAACGAAUCAUCAAACAUAGGCUAGAUUUCGCUACAUUCGAGAGCGUAACAUUCCGUCCAGAUCGCACCGUGGGCGAUCGAUUGAUCUUUAGAUACGCAUUUUUGCUAUAAUAAAAACAUUUUACAA